AUGAAAAGGCUACCGGAAGGUCUUGUCAGCGAGUGGAACGACAUCAUCUUGCAGCAGGGACAGCGCAUCCGUAAUCUACAAAUCUGUCUUGAUCCGUCUCGCAUUGUGGACAAGCGGAGUUGGGAACUACUCGGUCUUCCUAUGUCGGGUAUCCGUCGCUUUGUCUUACGCGCUUAUGGCGGCAUGAGACGCGCCAUGCCUUCCAACGGGGUGCUGUUUUCGGACAGGGCCGAGCGCCUGAUUCAUCUUGAUAUCGAGGCACGCGAGAAGUGCAUUAAUCUCGGUGCGCCGUUCAUGAGAAACCUGCAAUACUUGUCUCUUAAAUUCGUGACGGGCCUGCCUGCCCCAUCUACAAUGCUCGAUUAUAUAAUCUGCAUGCACGCGCUCCGCCAUCUCAGCUUGCAGUGGAUUCCGUCAGUCGAUGACGCUUCACCGACAGUUGCGCCUGGUGUCCACCGAUCGCAGAUCGACUAUCUUGAGUUAUGUGGAGAAGCCAGCGGGGUCCGCCACUUGUAUACCCAUCUGAGCACUGUAGAAAACGCAGCCGUUCACCUGUCCGUUGGGACUUCUGGUGAUGGCGGCGGAGACUUGCUUAACGAAAUUAACACACGAUACGAGGCCGACAUGCAUACAAAGCUUCGCCGCCUCGAUGUCCUCAACAUGUGGGGACGACUACCAGAUGAGCAUGAAAUAGACGUCCUCGCUUUGCGAAGUUGUGUGUCAGCGACAACCGUCCUCGAGACGGAGCCUCGCUUUGAAUACGACAUGUACCCGUAUUCUUUGCGGAUUCAUAUGAUGGGACCGGGCUUUCUCGACGAUAUCCUGACGAAGAGACCAUUCUCCGCUGUAUCACAUCUCGCGAUCUACUGGGACGAGGAUUAUACAAUCUCGUGCACGAGAGAGAUACUGUCUCGCACUCGCCUGAUCACCACACUAUCCAUCUAUGGCUAUGCCGACUGGGCAAAGGAUCGGAACCAAAGCAUGUUCUGCGAUUUAUUUGAGAUGUUAACUGGCUCAUUCCAUCGCGUAUUCAUUGGAACGGCUGCAUCAAACUCAAUCCUCGUCCCCAGUUUGCUUCACUUGAAGAUACGAAUGUAUACACCAGAUUUCUUUGAAGGAAAGACCCUUCGAUCCUUGGAAAUUUUCCUUCGAGUACGCGCCGCGGAAGGUAUGCAACUGCAUACCUUCUCCAUAGACCCUCCUUCGCAUCAGAUGCAGGAGCCUAUACGUGCCAAUCUCUAUGCAGUUCUGGAAAAUGUCACGCUCUGCGUCGAAGAGUAG